AUGAGAUAUAAAACAUACUGGUUGCUAAAAUGCCAAUUAUUCUACUGUGCAUUGAACAUGUGGAAUCCAGUGCUUGGGCUGAUUCGUUACUCAAUUCCCGAAGAACUGCAGCUGGGUUCCUUUGUUGGGGACAUCGCCGAGGAUUUGGAUUUAGAUGUAAAGCAGCUCUCAAUUCGUAGUUUUCGGAUUGUAUCCAGGCCCAGGAAACAAUACUUGGACGUAAAUUUAGACACUGGAAUUUUACUUGUAAAGGAUAGAAUUGACAGAGAAGAGAUUUGUGGCCUGAGCCUGAGUUGUGUUUUAUCGUUGGACGGUUUGCUUCAAAACCCCUUAAAGCUGUACCCGAUUGCCGUAGAGAUCGUCGAUGUAAAUGACAAUGCUCCCAUUUUCACAAAGAGACAAUUCCGCAUUGAAAUUUCGGAGCUUUCCACACCGGGAUCGCGUUUUCCCCUUGAAUCCGCAUACGACUCUGAUAUUGGAACUAACGCCGUGCAAACCUACGAGCUCCAUCCGAAUAAUUAUUUUAUUCUGGAUGUGCGCAGCGGCGAAGAAAAGAUGCCAGUAUUGGUGUUGCAGAGUUCCUUGGAUAGAGAAACCGAAUCCAGCCACAGUCUAACGCUGAUAGCCAAGGACGGCGGGGUCCCUGUGCGAUCGGGCGUGUCGCAGAUCUCAAUUAUCGUAAAGGAUGCAAACGACAACGCCCCGGUCUUUCCCGAGUCAGAAUAUGGAGUCAACAUAUUUGAGAAUUUAGCCACAGGAACACAGGUAAUCAUAUUAAAUGCCGCUGACUUGGACGAUGGUCCAAAUGGAGAGAUAAUCUACUCGCUUGGUAGCCACACGUCAAUCACAGCUCGGGAACUCUUUGGCAUAGAUUCCAAAACUGGUGAAAUCAGAGUGAUAGGGAAGUUGGACUAUGAAGCAAACAAGGUCUUUGAGAUUACCGUACAGGCAGUAGACAGGGGUUCAGAGGCAAUGUCCGGGCACUGUGUAGUUUUUGUGAAUAUUAUUGACGUGAAUGAUAAUCCCCCUGAGGUGACUUUGACGUCUUUGUCGACUGCAGUAUCGGAAGAUGCGCCAAUUGGGACUCUAGUCGCUCUGUUCAGAGCAACAGAUAAAGAUUCGGGGAGAUAUGGACAGGUACAAUGUCAAAUUUCAAAUAAACUGCCAUUUAAGCUAGACUCCUCUUUGGAGAAUUAUUAUGGAAUACUUGUUCAAAAUCCACUGGAUCGUGAAAAUACCUCGUUGUAUGAUGUUAGUAUCACAUGCUCGGAUGCAGGAAAUCCUCCACUUAUAUCAGAAAAAACCGUUCGAGUCGACGUUUCGGAUAUAAAUGACAAUGCCCCACGGUUCACUCAGUCAUCAUAUACCGCAAACGUCAUGGAAAACAAUGCGAUUGGCGCUUCUAUAUUUUCCAUUACAGCUUUUGAUCCAGAUGUUGGACUAAAUGCUCUGCUGAAGUAUUGUAUCCUGGAGACUCAAGUUCACAACGUCCCCAUAAAUACAUACAUCUCGAUUGACUCGGAAACUGGUGUCCUAUUCGCUCAGCGAACUUUUGAUUACGAGGAAUUGAAAAACUUUCUGUUCCAAGCUCAGGUCGUGGACUCUGGAUCGCCAUCACUCGCAAGUAAUGUUUCAGUGAAAGUUAUUAUCCUUGAUCAGAACGACAAUGUUCCAGUCAUUGUGCAGCCAAAAGCCGAGUUUGGGGCAACAGCCAUAGAGACAAUAUCCAGACUUGUAGAACCAGGUUCUUUGAUUGCUAAAGUAUCGGCCACUGACGCUGACGUUGGACAAAACGCUCAGCUUUCUUAUUCGAUUUUCCAAUCAUCCAAUCAUAACCUUUUUACUAUUUCCCCAGACACUGGGGAGAUUUGGACUAUACGUCAUAUUGAGAAUAAAGAUGCAAAUAAGCAAAGUUUGAUGAUUGUAGUAAAAGAUAAUGGAACACCAUCACUUUCUGCCACAAUAACAAUAAUCUUAUCUGUGAUAGGCAGUGACACUGAAACAUUCUCCAGUGCCAGUGAUUUGGCUGAAGAACCCGUGUUCACUCAUGAUUUGAGCUUUUCCUUGGUCAUUGCAUUAGGUGCUAUUUCUAUCAUUUUUCUCGUGAUUUUAAUAUUCCUCGCCGUGAUGGUUCGUAAAAACAGAAAUGCUUCAAUUCGUCAGCAAUGUUCCCUGAUGGCGUGUUGUUGUCUUGAAUCGAGACAUUCUUUGAAUGGACUUCAAAAAGCCAGCCAAGAACUCCAAAUACCCCCGAACUAUGUUGAAGUAUUUGGUGGUGAUCCACUUUCUCAAAGAUUCCGCUAUGAGACAUGUUCAACAUUGCAGUCAACAAAGAGAGACUUCACACCCUCAAGACCAUCUAGGUCAUCUACAGACAAGUAUUAUUUCCAGAAUAUGUCUAUUAGGAAAGAAGGUACGACAAAGAUUAAUUCUGAAAAUCAAAGCAUACCAUUAAAUAACGAGGUGAGGCACUUGCAAUAA